AUGACGGUGGACAUCAAAGAGCUCGAUGCUCAUGAGCAGCCUUCAGAUCAGCUAAGGGCAAAAUGGAAGGCCUUUUCCAGAACAGAACAAAAGGAUGUUCUAGAGGGAAAUGAUAUCGACGAUCUUCUAUCGCCAGAAAAGGCUGCCGAGUUUGUCAUUGCAAGCACCAUCUCUGCAGAGACCUUGAAUCAGUCCUUCAAGCACGUCUGCCCACCUGGCAGUCCCGAGAUCACAGUGGAUAAGGAUGUGCCAGUAUAUUAUCACCCCCUCUUGCCAGGUCUUCUCAUUCUGCCCUCUCUCGUCCCCCCAGAAGUCCAAAAGAUCCUCCUGCGGAAAAUGGUGCAUCGAGACCUCAGCCACCCUACCCAUCAGACCAACCUCCAUCUCCAUUAUGAGCUUCCAUACCCCGAUCAAGGGUCAGAAGGCCCCGAGCACAAACAUGCCUCGUUCUUCACUCUGCCCCAAGACUCUCCCACUACCUUUACGCCAAAAGAUCCCUCAGUACACAAGCCCCUGACCAUCAAACAAGUCCUCCAGCGAAGACUGUCUUGGGUGACCCUCGGCGGUCAGUAUGACUGGACCAACAGAAUCUACCCCGGCGAGCUGCCUCCUCAGUUCCCACCUGAUAUUGCCGGAUUUCUGGAGACACUGUUCCCGGAGACUCUUGCCCAGGCAGCCAUUGUCAACUUUUACACACCAGGAGACACAAUGAUGAUGCACAGGGAUGUAUCAGAGGAGACUGACAAAGGGUUGAUCUCUCUCAGCUUUGGGUGUGACUCCCUCUUUAUGAUCGCGCCCAACGAUGUCGGGAAGAUGAGCGACGAGGAGAAAAAGGCCGCAGGCUUUGGAGAUGGACAAAAAGAGUAUCUGCUGCUGAGACUGAGAUCGGGAGAUGCCAUCUACAUGACCAAGGACUCGAGGUUUGCGUGGCAUGGUGUACCCAAGGUUCUGAAGGGGACAUGCCCGGACUAUUUGGAGGACUGGCCGGCAGAAGAUGGAAAGUACGAAGAGUGGAGGGGGUGGAUGAAGAACAAGCGGAUCAACCUCAAUGUGAGGCAGAUGCGGGAUUAA